AUGACUAACUCUGACCUGGACCACAGCACCUGGACCACAGCACGGACCACAACACCUGGACCACAACACCUGGACCACAGCACCUGGACCACAGCACCUGACCACAACACCUGGACCACAACACCUGGACCACAGCACCUGGACCACAACACCUGGACCACAGCACCUGGACCACAACACCUGGACCGUCCCACACAUUAUUCUGCAUCUGGGGAUGAUGCGGAAUGUGCUGUCUCAUUCCUGUCCAAGUCUCGCCCGGUCCACCCCGAGCCUGGUCCAUCUCUGGAGUCUCUGGAGUAUGCUUGGGGCACUGCCAGCUGUGUUCUCCUCCACGAUGACAGCGAGACGUUCUCUCAUGGGUGUUACCAGUCCUCCCCCACACCAGGACUGCCGGAUUGGGCUCCCCCUCCUGCUAGUGGAUCCCGGGGAGCACUCCAGGGCCUCACGCACUCCUGGGGGCUUGGGAGGGGUCCGGCGCCCGCAGGUCAACUCGGCGGGGAUCGUGGAGACGGCGGGCCCUCAAUCAAAGGAGUAUUCCCUGCCCUCAUCAAUGUGUUAGAACAAGAGCCAUCAUCACCUUCCUGGGAGCCUCAGGUUGACCGGGAGUGUGUUGCUUUCCUCCUCCUCCCGCCGCCGCUCUCUACAACAGCGGAGGAAUACGAGGAACCUGCUGCAUGUGACCAAACACCUGAAGCUUUAACUACACGCAAGACCUCCAACAACCCUCCCAAGACACUCAAGACCUCCAACAACCCUCCCAAGACACUCAAGACCUCCAACAACCCUCCCAAGACACUCAAGACCUCUAACACCACUCCCAAGACCGCCAAGACACGCAAGACCUCCAACAACCCUCCCAAGACACUCAAGACCUCCAACAACCCUCCCAAGACACUCAAGACCUCCAACAACCCUCCCAAGACACUCAAGACCCCACCACUCCCAAGACACUCAAGACCCAACACCACUCCUAAGACACUCAAGACCCAACACCACUCCCAAGACACUCAAAGACCCUCCCCAACACCCCUCCUCCCCAAGACACUCAAGACCUCCAACAACCCUUCCAAGACACUCUCAAGACCUCCAACACCACUCCCAAGACACUCAAGACCUCCAACACCACUCCUAAGACACUCAAGACCCCCCAACACCCUCCCAAGACACUCAAGACCUCCACCACCCCUCCUAAGACACUCAAGACCUCCAACACCCCUCUCAAGACACACACAGGACCUCCAACAACCCCUCCCAUAUUACUCAAGACCUCCAACACUCUCCCAAGACACUCAAGACCUCCAACACCCUCCUCCUAAGACACUCAAGAUCUCCAACACCCUCCCAAGACACUCAAGACCUCCAACACCCUCCCAAGACACUCAAGACCCCAACACUCCCUCCCCUAGACACUCAAGACCUCCAACACCACCUGAAGACACACAAGACCUCCCAAGAACCCUCCAAGACACUCAAGACCUCCAACAACCCUCCCAAGACUCUCAUAAGACUUCCAACAACCCCUCCUAA